AUGCUUCUCUCCUACCUCCUCCUCCUCUCUUCCUCCCUCCUCCUCCACCCCACCUCCUCCCUCACCCAAGAAGGCCUCUACCUCCAACACAUCAAACACUCCCUCGACGACCCCGACUCCUCCCUCUCCUCCUGGAACGACCAAGACGCCACCCCUUGCUCCUGGGCCGGCAUCACCUGCGACGUCACCUCCACCGUCACCUCCGUCGACCUCUCCUCCUUCAACCUCUUCGGCCCUUUCCCCUACCUCCUCUGCCGCCUCCCCUCCCUCUCCUUCAUCUCCCUCUACAACAACUCCAUCAACUCCACCCUCCCUUCUGAUCUCUCCACGUGUCGCAACCUCGUCCACCUCGACUUGGCUCAGAACCUCCUCACGGGCUCCCUCCCCUCCACCCUCCCCGACCUCCCCUCCCUCCGCUACCUCGACCUCACCGGCAACAACUUCUCGGGAGAAAUUCCGGAAUCUUUCGGGAGAUUCCAAAAACUCGAGGUCCUAUCUCUCGUCUACAAUCUCCUCGACAGCGCCAUCCCUCCUUUUCUCGGCAAUAUCUCCUCCCUCAAAAUGCUCAACCUUUCUUACAACCCGUUUUUCCCGGGUCGGAUCCCGCCCGAGCUCGGUAACCUAACUAACCUCCGAGUUCUCUGGCUCACCGAGUGCAACUUAAUCGGUGAGAUACCCGACUCGCUGGGUCGACUCAGUAACCUCACCGAUUUGGACCUUGCUAUUAACGCCCUGCACGGUCCGAUUCCGGCGUCGUUGACUGAUUUGACCAGCGUCGUUCAGAUAGAGCUCUAUAACAACUCCUUGACCGGAGGCUUGCCGCCGGGAAUGUCGAAGCUGAAGAACCUCCGGCUGCUCGACGCGUCCAUGAACCGGCUGACGGGGCCGAUUCCCGACGAGCUGACCCGGCUGGAGCUGGAAAGCCUCAAUCUUUACGAGAACAGUUUCGAGGGGAGUUUGCCGGCGAGCAUUGCCGACUCGCCGAACCUGUACGAGCUCAGGCUGUUCCAGAACAAGCUCACCGGCGAGCUGCCGCAGAAUCUCGGCAAGAACUCGCCGCUGAGGUGGGUAGACGUUUCGAACAACCAGUUUUCCGGGAAGAUUCCGGCGACGCUGUGCGAGAAGGGGCAAGUGGAGGAGAUGCUGAUGAUCAACAAUGCUUUUUCCGGCGAGAUUCCGGCGAGCUUGGGGGAGUGUCGGAGCUUGACGCGUGUCCGGUUGGGUCACAACCGGUUAAGUGGUGAAGUUCCGGCGAGUUUCUGGGGGCUACCGCAUGUCUAUCUACUCGAGCUCGUUGAUAAUCAGCUGUCCGGCCAGAUAGGCAACACUAUCGCCGGUGCGUCUAACCUUUCGCUACUGAUAAUAGAAAAGAACAAGUUUGAAGGUCCGAUACCGGAGGAGAUUGGGUUGGUUGAAAAUCUUCUGCAGUUUUCAGGAGGUGAGAAUAAGCUCAGUGGGGCUUUGCCUGAGAGUAUAGUGAAACUACGACAGCUAAGCACGCUGGACCUUCACAGCAAUGAGCUUUCCGGUGAGCUUCCGAGUGGCACUCGGUCUUGGUUGCAUCUUAGUGAGCUCAAUUUGGCGAAUAACCAACUUUCCGGGAAAAUCCCCGAUGGAAUUGGGAACUUGACUGUGCUGAAUUACCUUGAUCUUUCGAAGAAUAGGUUUUCAGGUCAAGUUCCGGUCGGGUUGCAGAAUUUGAAGCUGAAUGUGUUCAAUUUGUCAAACAACGAGCUUUCCGGGGAGCUCCCUCCUUUGUUUGCAAAGGAGAUGUACAGAAAUAGCUUUCUGGGGAAUCCUGGUCUUUGUGGAGAUUUGGAGGGGUUAUGUGAGAGCAGAGCUGAGCAGAAAAGCGAGGGAUACAUAUGGUUGCUGAGGUGCAUUUUCAUUCUUGCUGCCUUGGUCUUUGUGGUGGGUGUGGUUUGGUUUUACUUUAAGUACAAGAAUUUCAAGAAGGCCAAUGGUGCUACAGAUAAAUCGAAGUGGACUUUGAUAUCGUUUCACAAGCUGGGUUUCAGCGAGUAUGAGAUAUUGGAUUGCCUUGAUGAAGAUAAUGUGAUUGGGACUGGGGGGUCUGGGAAAGUGUACAAGGUUGUGCUGAGCAAUGGGGACGUUGUUGCAGUGAAGAAGCUGUGGAGAGGGAAAGUGAAAGAGUGCGAUGCCAAUGAUGUUGAGAAGGGUUGGGUCCAAGAUGAUGGCUUUGAGGCAGAGGUUGACACUUUGGGGAAGAUUAGGCACAAGAACAUUGUGAAGCUUUGGUGCUGUUGUACCGCAAGAGAUUGCAAGCUCUUGGUGUAUGAGUACAUGCCAAAUGGCAGUCUUGGUGAUUUGCUGCAUAGUAGCAAAUCAGGGUUGCUGGAUUGGCCUACAAGGUUCAAGAUUGCUCUUGAUUCUGCUGAUGGGCUUUCUUAUCUGCACCAUGAUUGUGUUCCUGCUAUUGUUCAUAGAGAUGUGAAAUCCAACAAUAUAUUGUUGGAUGGGGAUUUCGGAGCCAGAGUGGCGGAUUUCGGAGUAGCUAAGGUGGUUGAUGCAACUGGAAAAGGAGCUAAAUCCAUGUCAGUCAUAGCAGGUUCUUGUGGUUACAUUGCUCCAGAAUAUGCAUACACGCUGAGGGUGAACGAGAAGAGUGACAUAUACAGUUUUGGCGUGGUGAUUCUGGAAUUGGUAACUGGGAAACUUCCGGUUGACCCAGACUUUGGAGAAAAGGACUUGGUGAAGUGGGUCUGUACCACUUUAGAUCAGAAAGGAGUGGACCAUGUCAUUGACCCCAAACUCGAUUCUUGUUACAAGGAAGAAAUAUGCAAGGUCCUCAAUAUCGGGCUCCUCUGCACCAGUCCUCUCCCAAUCAAUCGACCAUCGAUGAGAAGAGUGGUGAAGUUGUUGCAAGAAGCAGGCACAGAGAAGCAUCCCCAGAUUAAGAAAGAAGGCAAAUUGUCGCCCUACUACUAUGAAGAUGCAUCGGAUCAUGGAAGUGUAGCCUAAAAGGUUCAUAUGGCUAUGGGGGAAGUUCAUGUAAAAGCCAAUACUUUCUCAUCAGUUUUUGAGCUUCCAAAAGCUUACCUCCCAAAUUUCAAUUAAACCCCUCUUGGUGUUUGGUUUGAGGGAAAAGAAAAUUGGAGGAGACGGGUAAAGAAAUUAUGGGGAAUGUUACGAGGGGGGUUAAGCUCAGUGUAAAUUGAUUAACCACCACCAAAGUUCUUGUUCUACUAAUUAAUUUGUAGUUAGCUCCUUUGAAGUGCCACUGUUUAGUCACUGUGAUUUUCACUGAAAGCACUGAGAUGGGGGAUAUUAUAUGAAAUGGGAGUUUUGAAUU